UUUGCCACCUCUCUCUCACCAAAACAUCUCUCUCUCUCUCUCUCAAAGUGGGGGUAAAAGACACGAAGACGAAUUUGACAGACGGACGGACAGACAAAGCCAAAAAAAAAAGCAUGACUGUAGCAGCAGAAGUAGCCGCCGUGGGUGGGACUAUGAUCGUGGGUUCGACCGGCUUCAUCGGGCGGUUCGUGGCGGAGGCCUGCCUUGACUCCGGCCGCCCCACCUUUCUUCUCGUACGGUCCUUCCACCACUCCGCCACCCUCUCCUCCCUCCGACACAAAGGCGCCUUACUCAUUCCCGGAUCAAUCAACGACCAGGAUUUGAUGGAGAAGGUUUUGAGGGACCAUAAGAUUGAGGUUGUAAUCUCAGCCGUUGGUGGAGAAAGCAUCUUGGACCAGCUAGUACUCAUCCACGCCAUUAAAUCUGUUGGCACUGUUAAGAGGUUUUUGCCGUCUGAAUUUGGGCAUGACAUAGAUAGAGCUGAUCCAGUGGAGCCGGGACUAGCAAUGUACAAAGAAAAGCGAAUGGUGAGGAGGGCAAUUGAAGAGGCUGGGAUCCCCUACACCUACAUUUGCUGUAACUCCAUCGCAGCCUGGCCCUACCAUGACAACACACACCCUGCCGAUGUCAUCCCACCGUUGGAUCGUUUUCAUAUCUACGGUGAUGGCUCAGUCAAAGCUUACUUUGUGGCGGGAAAUGAUAUUGGAAAAUUCACAAUAAAAUCGAUAGACGAUGAUCGGACAGUCAACAAAUCAGUUCAUUUCCAACCAAAAUGCAAUCUACUAAACAUGAAUGAGCUUGCAUCUUUGUGGGAGAAAAAGCUUGGGCACACACUCCCUAGAGUAACCAUCACUGAAGAUGACUUACUUGCCGCUGCUGAAAAGAUGUGCAUCCCAGAAAGCAUUGUUGCAUCGUUCACCCACGACAUCUUCAUCAAGGGUUGCCAGAUAAACUAUGCCCUCGACAAACCUACCGAUGUGGAAGUCAUGUCCCUCUAUCCAGAUGCAUCAUUUCGAACCAUUGAUGAGUGCUUUGAUGACUUCCUAGCAAAGAUUAGUGUUGCUUCAGUGGUAGUUGACAAAAGGGCAAGUGGAGACGCAAUUUUUUCACCAAAUGCUCCAACGGUGGUUGACAAGGUUACAACUAAAGACACCAUCUUUUCACCGGUGGCGGUUGACAAAAGGGCAAAUGAAGACACCAAUUUUUCACCAAAUGCUCCGAUUGUGGUUGAUAAGGCGGCAGCUGAAGACACCAUCUUUUCACCAAAUAAUGGAACAGAAGCAUUGGCUAUCACCACUACUUGUUCAUGAUCUAUCAUGAAAAAUUAACCAUCCUAUACUUGCAGCUAGUGAAUUAUUAUUCUUUGUUAGAAGGGUUUAUCGGUGAAACGAAUUAAUACUACUAGGGUUCUAUAAUUUUUGUCUAAUCAUCAAUGUGUGUACUAUUGAGAUGUUGAGAACAGUUGAAGGUUGUAUUCAAUGAAAGGUACUUGGUUUGAAGGAUUGAUGAUCCUA